UAGCAGCAGCAACAGCAGCAGCAGCAGACUGUGCUGGCUCGCUGCUGCAUUUCUCUCCCUCCCCCCCUUAGUGUCUCUCCUUCUCCUAACCUGGACCUCUAGCUGCAUCGGCAGCCUGCAGAGCGGUGAGCAGGCAGGACAAGCGCCCGCAUGAGCCGGCAGCAUGUGAGAGUGUGACACCAUCAUCUUUGGAUAACACAGAGAACACAGACACUGAAGAAAAAACAGCUGAAGGUGGAGACGAAAGACGAAACGGAGCGAUGACAUGAUGAGUUUCCUGAUCAUGCCUGCCAGCUCUGCCUCUGUGCUCUUCCUUCUGCUACUGUGUGGGCUACUGGGAGACUGGGUGCUUUCCAUCUGCCCCUCUGUGUGCUCGUGCAGCCGGGGACACCGCGUAGUGGACUGCUCGUCGAGAGGGCUAGACAAGCUACCACCGGGUCUGCAGCACAAUAUCUGGUUUCUCAAUCUCUCUUUUAACAGUUUGCAGGGUGCGGACAGCCAGCUCAGCUACUAUGUGCACUUACGAACCCUGGACCUGUCAUACAACCGCCUGGAGAACCUACCCCCUGCUUUGCCACGGUCUCUAUGGGACUUGAGAGUGACAGGGAACCCCAUACGUUCUCUAGACAAAAAUGACACCGCAUACCACUGGAACCUGAAAGUACUGGAUCUGUCCUACAACGAACUGGAGAGAGUGGUCUUCAUCAACAACACACUGUCCAAUCUCCAGGCUCUCAAUCUCAGUCACAACAGGUUUUGGACUGUGCCCACAAAUAUGCCACACAACCUCAAGAGUAUUGAUUUGUCCCAUAACUAUCUGGUGCAGAUCUUGCCUGGAUCACUGGACCGGCUGCCCAGGCUGGCGUACUUCUACUUGCAUGCUAAUCGCUUCUCCUGGUUGUUUGAAGGAGUAUUUGACAAGCUGACAGGCCUGGAGGUGAUGACUCUCGGAGACAACCCCUGGGCUUGUGAAGAGGAAGAAAACAUAACGAGGCUACUGAAAUGGGCUGAGACAACCCGUGCAACCAUCUUUGGCUGUCCCUGUUAUACAAGACCCAUUUGUGGGCAAACCCUUUUGGCAACACCGGGGAGGGAGUGGCAUUCUGCAAUGUUCACAGAGCCACCACUCUGGGUGGACAGUAGAAGUGUGGGGCGUGACGGUCAAUCGCCUGCAAGGACUGCAGAGGUCACAUCCAGCUUACAAGACAAAGCUGCCCUUUUUGAGACAGGAAUAUAUCAGGAAACAAGAAAAGGGAACAAAUCUAUGGUGUUUGCCUGGACAUCCACACAUAUUGACAGUUUCUCCACACACACAAGCACAACAGCGAGCCCACUGUCUUCGGCCAAGAAGCCCGAAAAAGCUAACACACAGAGUAAAGGUCAUGGUAUCUUUGAUGAGCUUCAGCAGUGUGCUACUCUGACUAUUCUAGUAGUGACUGCUGCAUUCAACUUCUUGUGAAGCACACCAACAGGACUCAAAAGAUGCUAUACAAUGGAUUAUUUCAUAGAUUCCACACUGCAUCUCCAUUUUACCUAUGACUGUUACUCUCUUCUGUCACUACAAUCGAGUUGAUCACUAUAACUGUUUACAAUGUCUUGAAUUUCUGAACACAAAGAAACUGUAAAGAAACAUGGCAGAAAAAAAAAUGUGCUACUAUCAA